AUGAAACCCAUGCCCGAAGAACAAGUUGCUACUCCGACGCUAUCAGAUAAUGUCAAUGAAUCCGAUAUGUCAGUUCCCCUCCACGACAUGGAUGAGCCAGCUUGCCACUCAGUCUUUGAAAUGGACUUUGCAUCCGAAAACUGGACUCAGCAGCUCAUAUCUACUCGACUUAAUGAGUCAUCACUCAAGCAGAUAUGUGCGGAGAUCGAGCUAGAAGACAGGCUCGACACAACAUCAGAAUACACGAGACACUCAGCUCCAUUUACCAUCCAACCAUCGGGAGACCCAUACUUCCCCUCAUUCCCAAUAGGACCCGACUCAAAUCUGACCUCGCCAAACAAGGACCGUGAUCUGAAAGCAUUUCAAACACCCGAGCAAAUGAUAUUCCCCGAUAUCAAAGACCCCGACACAUCACCCUGGUCCUAUCACACCUCCAGACUAGACAUGCAACCCCUACCAAACACAUGGGUAGUCGAAAGACCACACCAGCCCAUUCCCAUUCUGAUCAACCCCUCGGACUCAAACUACUGUCCACUUCAGUCACCAGAGACAAGUCCGGACAGCGAAAUAUACUCACCCGACGAACCUGGUGAAUUGAUCCGAUCAAGUCUACGCGCUGGACCGGACGGAUCGUCGGAGGUGCAAGCUAACAUGUUGAUGGUUGUUAUUGUGACCAUUGACAGUCUUCUCUCGACGCUGGAUGCGACUGCCACAUCAGCUGGGGCAGUGGACGAGGAAGAGUUUUCUAGUCAAUCGCAAUAUUUGGCUAAUAGGAAUUCACAGGAUCGGGGUGAUGGGGUUGGGUUCAAGUCGCAUGUUGAUGCUUGUCCGUUACUUGUGGGCGGGUCGUCUUUCAUUGCUUUUGUUGACUAUUCGGCGGAUUCGCGCUUGUAUGCAGCAGCACUUGGGGGCUGUUUUUACUAG